UUGAUUCCAAUGCAAUAAAUGCUUAUAAAUGUUACAAAGCUAUGGAAAGUUGUUUUAAUUAAAAAGCUUAAAUGACCAAAAACUUUGAAAGAGGGAAUAAACCUUUGAUAAUUGCGUCACCGUCAGCUGAGCUGUAAAUUGACUGUUGUGAUUGGGGAAACCCUCGGGCCAUAGCAUCUGUCGAUUGGGCCGCCACAGUGUAUCACACAAUAUGAUCGGACGAUACUGAAAGAAAAUUGUGUAAUACGGACGAUUAUAAAUCGUCAUAGAUAUAGCCCUGAUCUAAGCAGGUAGUUUUUAGUGGAUCAGCAAAACUGAGAUGGUAUACUGAACCAUUAAUGUCCGUAUAUGACCACAGUGUGUUCAUAACUAAGCAUUGAAGUGCUGCCUGUGAUGAUGGUUAGGGCUCUCUGAUUGAGAAUCCCGUCCCAGGGUUCUACAGAGAAUAGUAUCCCAGGGUUCAACAGAAAACUGUAUCCCAGGGUUCAACAGAGAACUGUAUCCCAGCGUUCCACAGAGAACUGUAUCCCAGGGUUCCUGAGAGCAGCAGAGUAUGAGUUACUUCAGCUAUGUGGGUAGGAUUUUCUCCAAUGUUAAAGGUUUCUACAAUGAGAUUAAUGCGGCGACCCUGACUGGUGCUAUCGAUGCGGUCAUCGUGCAGCAAGAGGACGGGUCGUACCUCUCCUCCCCGUUCCAUGUCAGAUUUGGAAAGCUGGGUGUCCUUAGAGCUAGGGAGAAAUUGGUUGACAUAGAAAUCAAUGGUGAGCCAGUGGACAUUCACAUGAAGCUUGGAGAGUCAGGAGAAGCCUUCUUUGUGGAGGAACUUCCAGAGGAAGACAGUGAAGAUUUUCCGGCCUACCUGGCUACUUCUCCACUGCCCUCUUCCUCCGACCUGAUGAGGGAGGGGGUCAAGGAGAUGAAGCAGGACUACCUCCACACGGCAGGGAAGGAGGAGGAGGAGGAGGAAGAAAAUGCAGGAAAACAUGAGUAUGUGAACACUGCCGGCAAUACCAUUGAGGUGAUCCCUCCAAAGUCCCCUGACCCUGACAGCAAUGUCAGCAUAACCAUAGAGGACGAGGAGGGGAGGAAGAAAAAAGUCCGCAGGAAGAAGCGACCAGUGAGGAGGACGCCCUCUAAUGAAGAAGGAGCUAAGAAAGGAGCAGAUAAAUCAGAUGAGAUAUUCAACAUGGAUGAUGUUUCCACUGAUGAUGAACUGGCCAAUCUUCCCACCAUAUUACCAGACAUGACCCCCAGGAUGGGGAAGUCUGUUAGCCUUCCAGUGAUGGACGAGAGCCAGGAAAGUCGUCUAGAGAGAACCAGUCAAUGGGCCCAGUCCCAGUUCUCCUUUGGGCACCCAUUCAGUGACACAGAUAUGUCACCCGUGGCAAGCCCCACCAACACCCGCCCUCCCUCCCCCAAGAGUGACACUGAGGUGGACCGCCAGAGACAGGGCCAGGUGGACCGGUCCAUCCUGUCGGAGGAGGACAGCACUAUGUGGGAGUGGGGGGACCUCCCCCGCCGCCCAGAGGAAGGGGAACCCCCCACUGAACCCAGUAAGGAGGCCCUGGACAAAGGAGGAGAAUCCCAGGAGAGCAAGGGCCUGUUCCAGUUCAUGAAGAAAACAAAAACUGUGAGGCACAAGCCUGAGGGGGAAGGCAUAUACCUGGACGACCUCAAUCUGAAGGAAAUGGAUCCAGAGGUGGCUAAAUUAUACUUCCCUAAAAGAUUCCACGACUCAAAGUUUGUGUCCAUCAAGGAACGGAUUGAGCCUACUGAUGAAGACGCAGAGUCAGGGCGAGGGGCCUCACUUCCUGUCUCGCCUCACUCAGUAGAAGGCGCCAUCGGGGGCCCCCCGGGGGUCAGCUUCCUAAAGUCUGAGGUCCAACAUCUUAGGAAUUUCUCCCUCUCCCUCUGUGGGGGCCUCAGUGACCCUGAUGGCAUGACCUUGGAGAAGUUCAUGACCCACAUAGUGACGUACGAGGAUCUGUGUGAGAACUUCAACAUGGUCACUAAUCCAGACUUGGUGGUCCGAAUUGGAGAAAACUACUACAACUGGCAGACUGCAGCCCCCAUUAUCCUGAGUCAUGUCUGCUUUGAAAAAGAUCUUCCAGAGAAAACCAUGAAUGAUGUUGUAAAAGAACAUAUGCCAAAAAAGAAACCCAAGAAAGGGGGCAUGUCCUCAUGGUUCUCAUGGCGACGAACAACAGACACGGCCAACCCUGCUGUAGGAAGCAGCCCGGGGGAGGUGGAUGUAGCGGUCACUAAAUCGACGGAGAGCUCAACGACAUCCAUGUCUCCCCCCAUCAGUCAGCCGGGCAGUCCCCGCAAAUCUCAGCGAAGAAUUACGGACGAAAGCCUGAAGAGUGAGGGGAAUGACACUUCUUGUGAUGACCUUGACACAGAGGACUCUGACCCAAGUGGUCAGCCAGCAAACCUUACCCCCAAGAGUCGGUCAAGCAGUAAGCCGAUCGAUGUCACCCCCUCUAAGGAGAAGUUCAAGAAGUCUCUCCGUCUUUCAUCAGAACAAAUUAAAAAUCUGAACUUGCAUGAAGGCCAGAAUGAUGUAUCUUUCUCUGUUACGACGCAGUAUCAGGGGACGACCAGAUGUAUGUCACACAUAUACCUGUGGAACUAUGACGAUAAAAUUGUGGUCUCUGACAUUGAUGGAACAAUCACAAAAUCUGACGUUUUGGGACAAAUCCUUCCCAUCAUUGGUCGAGAUUGGUCACAGUCGGGUGUGGCUCAACUCUUCACCCACAUCAACAACAACGGAUACAAGUUCCUGUAUCUGUCGGCCCGAGCCAUUGGUCAGUCUAAAGUGACAAAGGACCUGCUGCGUAGCAUUAAGCAGGAGUUCCAUGUCUUACCUGACGGACCACUGCUCCUGUCCCCAACCUCCCUCGUUAGUGCCUUCCACAGGGAGGUGAUAGAGAGAAAGCCUCAGGAGUUUAAGAUUGCCUGCCUGCGUGACAUUGGGGAACUGUUUCCGGGGCAUAAGCCAUUUUAUGCAGGAUUUGGGAACAAAAUCAAUGAUGUCUGGUCAUACAAAGCCAUUGAUAUUCCUGAUGUACGGAUUUUUACAAUAAAUCAUCGUGGAGAGCUGAAACAGGAAUCUUCCUACACAUUUCAGUCCUCGUACUACAGUCUGUCAGAGAUUGCUGACCAUUUCUUUCCUCCGCGGGAACGCUUAGGGGUGUACGACAAUCACUUCAGCACUGUCAAGUACUGGAAAGACCCCCUACCCCCGGUGACAGAGACUGAGAUACUGGAGAUAGACAAAGACGACCCGGCUGCUAAAUGACAACCACCGUCCGCAGACAAGCAGUCCAUCUCUGUUCCAGUAGAUCCGACAUUGUCGCGCUCCGACAGCAUUCUCCAGAGUGAUAAUAGCUACGACCUCCUGGAUACGUUUUCAGAGAGUGAGACAGAAGAAGACAUUAGGCUAACGCAGGCCUUGGAGCCGAGACAGGAAUUUCAGAAAACUGGGAAGUACUGGCUAAUGCCUUUCAGUUUCUACAUGUAAGAAAACAAAAGACUUCCAAAAUUGUCAAAUUUUCAAAAUUUUAUUUUAAGGUUUUAAUAGUUUUCAGUUUUUUUUAAAAAUAAAAAUUAGAAUUUUUUUCAAAACUCUGAUGGAUAAAUUUGUUGGCAGUUUGGUGCAGAAUAAUUGAGUAUGGCUGAUAGUUAGGAUUUUUUACCAAACUUUUGUUAGUUUGAGUUGGUCUCUUUUUGUUACAAUUUACGUAAAUUUCCCCUUCAGUGUUCAAAUUACCCCCUUUAGUUGUAUCUUCCCAUUCCCCCGAGGAAACCCUGUUUGUCUGUGGUACUAUGCUGAAUUACUGUGUUCUGUUGUUUAAAGUAAGGAAGCACGGGAACAAAAUCAUGUUUAUAUACUUAUAUAUUUGUUACAGUUUUUACAUUUAUAUUUGUUUUCAUCAAUCAGCAGAAUGUUCAGUUUUGAGAAAUUUGCUGCUAGAAGAAAGAUUGUGAAAUAAUUUAAAUAAAGGCAGCAAAAUGUGAUUACUCUGUGUUGAUACUAUUACAUGUGAUUCAUUGUGUGUGCGUAUCAAAGACUGUAUUGUUUUGAAAUCUGUCAGAAAUUGGUGCAUAAUACAGUCAGUCAUGAGUACCAAUAUAUAUUUUUGUUGUGUAGAAUUCAUUUCAGAUGACCAUAUUUUUCUUCCUUAUUGUCUGAGUUUAAAACUGUUAUUUGUUCAAGUAUAUGAUUAUUUUUGUUUUAGUACCGUUUUAAACAUUAAUUUUUUUUUCGAACAUGGAUAAUUGAAAACUUUGACUUGCUAUUUAGUGUUCUUUGAAAUGGAAUUGAUUUGUAAUUCCUUUCUUAGUUUACAUUUACAAAUUCUGUAAGGAGGUAACUAUCCACUCCCUACAUCUCCUCUUGUUUGCUAAUGGUCAUUUAACUGUCAUAGGAGUUCAGAAUUUAGUGUUUUAUAAUUAAGUAAGAGUCUUGUGAACACUGUGAUAAUUAGACAAAUGUGUAUAAAGUGAAUAAGAUAUUUGUAUUUACCCUAGUUAUGGCUGAAAGCUGGGUGUAACUUGUGAUGAUGGCUUGAUGUAAUCUGUAGUGGAGGGCUGUGUCAAACUUUCUGAAAUGAAAGUACUAGUGAUUAAGAUAUACAGUAGAGAUGAGUGAAGCACUUCAGAUGGGUAGUAUGAUUAAAUGUUUUAUCUAGGUUAUGGAGCCAGUUGAUUUACAUACUUCUAUAUUGAUAAGCCAGCUGGUUUAGGGAGUUGUAGAAGGUUACGGAGUUCUUCCACUAGUUCGUCAGCUGCUACAGGUGAUAUGAUAGAUUAUGAUAGCUAGAUUCUGUGAUACAUUAGAUCUGGAUCCAGAAACAAAGUGAUGGUCAUUCUGUGAUGAUGCAGGUACAGCUAAGCUUCACCAGUUCCUUAGAGUCAGGGCCACUGGUUUAUUACUUAUAUUACAAUAUACACAAGAUAUAACACAAGAUAUAAGAUAUCAGGGAUACAGUCAAAAGAGAAUGUCGAUAUCAAUACUGAUGUGACAUCUUAAUUAAUAUUACAAUUUGAUGAAAGUGGUAUGUGUGUAGUUUCAUUAUAUGUCCAUGAAUUCUGUAUACAAGUGAAAUAGUCAUUCAUUAGUGGAUUGAUUCAGUUAAAUGGGGUCAGCAGUAUUAGCUGUGUGUAAGAAGGAGGGAAUGAGUAUAAGACUAUUGAAUGGAGUGUGAGUUACAUUAAUACACGUGUUAUAACAACAGGUUGUCUGUGUGUAACCAAAUAUGUGGAAAAUUGUGGCAUUUUAUAAAUUCGUAUGCAAUGAUCAGUCUUUGUUCCCAGAGGUUGACUAAGCCUUUAUUCCCUCCCCCCCCCCCCCCCCCCCCCUCCAUUUUAUAAACACUUGUGAAUGAACAAUUUCUUUUCACUGUUUGAUAAAUUGUACAUGCUGUAUGUCUAUAAUUAAAAGACAUUUGCACAAGGGUGUAUACAUUUACAAAUCGAUGAAAACAUGAUUUUAUCAAAAUAUUUGCACAUAUUGUGUUGAAACAAUUUUGUUGUAGCAUGUGUCAGUGUAAGUACAUGUAUGCAGUAUGUUAACCGUACAUGUGUGCCCUUUGCAUACAAGUUUUUAAAUGUUGAUAAACAGAUGUGUGUGUCUCUAUUGUUUAACCAUUUGUAUAAGCAUUGACAUAUUUGUACAGGUAUUAUAGCUGUUGUUAACAGUAUUUUGGAGUGGGGCCUGACUUUCUGUAAACAGGCACCUGUCUUUUGCUAUAGGCGACUGUGCGCUACAUAAGAGUAAUAAAUGGAUGUUGUAGAAAGAAAUUAUGUUACUGAUCGGGAAUCUUGUUUGAUUCAGACAAUAAAUGGAAUGCAGAUUCAUUUAUUGUUCUACCUCAUUUAAUUAGCUCUUCUCUUCUGUUCUAUUUGUAGCAUAUGAAGAAUUUGUUGUAUUGUUAAAUUAUUUUUCUUGCGUUUUGAAAACAAUUACAAUUAAUUACCAUUUGGACAAAUAAAUCUCCUGAGCUCUUCGUGGGAGGCACAGCUAUUUUUUUUUUUAGAAAUUAUUACUGAUAUAAACUGGUCAUACAUUGUUCUGUAUGUAAAUACCUAUGAAGGUAUAUAUAACACUUUGGAUUGUCUCACUGUUAUUGUUUGAAAAAUAGGACCUUGAAUUUCUUGUUUUUAUAACACUGUUAUUGCAAUAAAGUACUUUAAAGUAAA